CAAUUUAGUGCACAAGUCAUUUCCAACACUGCACAAAGUCUGCCUGCUUCCAUCUUCAUCACUGCUGUCUCAAACCCAUUAAAAAAAAAGAAAGCAGUUUUGCUUUUAUUUUAUUUCCCUUUCUUUUUUUUUUUUCCUUCCUCACAGUCACAGCAACAACACCAAGCAACAGCAACAUGAUGUGUCCUUCUUUUCUGCUUCUUUGUCCUUCUCUGACUUCUUCUUCUCAUCUUGCUCUAUUAGAAUACUACACGAUACCCAUAGUAGCCUCUCUCUCUCUCUCUCUCUCUAUCUCUUCCCAUUCCUUCUUUCAAGAGCUUCCCCUUCUGUGAUUCUGUAAGUACACAUCUUGUGUUCUUCUGAUGAAUCCAGAUCAUGGCAGCUUCACUCCCUCCCACUCUAAUCCUUUUGAGGAUCCUAAAGUAAGAUUUAAGCACCAUAGCCUUUUGCAAGACUAUCAAGAACUGCAUAUGUAUGCUGAAGCAAUGAGAAAGAAGUUGCAGACUAUGCAAGAGAGAAAGGCAACACUAGUGGCCGAAGUCCGGUUUCUGCGGCGGAGGUACAGACAUUUGAGACAAGAGUCUCAGCCUGUUAUGCAGCCAACGGAUGUUAAGAAAGGGAGAGGAAGAUCAAAUGGUGGGAAGAAGAGUAAGACGCAGUUGAUCCGAGUGGAAGUGUCUCCUAAUAAGACAAGUGAAGAAGAAGCUAAACAUGUUUCACUUCCUGACUUAAACCACUCGGGAGAGGUUCAUCAUGACGAAACCAAGACCAAAAAAGUUCCACUAUUCGAUCUAAACCAGAUAUCUGGAGAAGAAGAGGAAGAGAUGAACAACAAUAGCGAAGAGAGAAUGAGAGUGGAACAAAGUAAGAGAAUGAGCAGCAGCAGCAUCGAGAUGCUGUCGUGCAGGAAUGGAGGAACCGGUUCACAUAAGAGGAAAAUCUCAUGGCAAGAUCCUGUUGCAGCUCUUAGAGUCUAAUAAAAGACAUCAAUGUCAAAGUUCUAUCUUGUAACAUAUAGCUCUCACAUCAGUUUAGCUUUGCUGUAUUUGUUUCUCUUCUCCGUUGAAAGCAUAUCCUUUUUGUCCACUGUUGAAGUGGCGACUUUAUACAAGUGACGUUUGUAUACUAGACAUGUGUCGUUCUUAGACGAGUUAACAAAUUCUACGGAAGUGAUCCAAAAGUCUAGGAACAAGAUCAACGGUGAGAAAAGUGUCCACACGUGUAUAAACAGAGAAUGUUUCGUGUAAACUUUAAAUUCAUUACCGAACACAAAAGACAUGAU